UUCCCACUCCCAACAAACUCGGUGAGUUAUUCAGAAAAAAAACUGGGUGAAAUACAGAGCUUCUUCCACCAUCCGAGAGAAAAGGAGACUGGAAUUUUCUUUAUUCCAUCCGAUCUCCAAAAUUUCUGGUUAAUCUCCCUCUUCCCCGUUCCCGCAAAUUUCUAAUUAUCCAUCCACGCCACGCCCCCACAAUCCCAUCUCCCCCACUCACGGGUUCUUCUCCGCUGCUGCCAUUUUUUGCAUCCCAUAUUGGGGAUUUCUUCAUCCACGCCAUAUCUCCUCCCCCUCCAUCCUUAACCACGACGGAGUCCGGCGCCUCAGUCGCAGUAGAACGUCCACCAGCCGCCGUCGGAUCCAAGCGCGUCGGCUACAUCGCUUCCCCUGCUCGUGCACGACCUGAUGCCCGUCGCCGGCCGGCCGACCGCAAGCAAAUAAAUUCUAGAAACGUUUUAACUUUGCUGCUGGAAGAGAAGACGAGUGCGCUCUGUUAUUUGACCGCAAAGCUAUUGAGCGUUUUAGCCAAGCUUUAUCACAUGAAAAAUUUCAAGCAAAGCGUUCAUUGGUGAAGUUCAUGAAGGAGAAGCAUGCUGCUAAUAAGUCAUAACAGAUUUCUGAUGGUAUUUUAGAUAAGCAUACUGAUGCAUCUCGUAGUGAAGGGGUAGUGUUAAGUCAUCCUGAUGACAAUGUAGCAGAUGACUUUGAUGGUGAUGAUCCUCAACUUUGGAAGGAAUUUCCUCCCUCUUGGAUAGAGAAAAAAUGGUGGGGCAAGUUGUGUGACUUGUUGUCUGAUGAAAAUGUCAAGAAGGUGUCAGCUCAAAAUAGUAAAAAUCGGAAGGAAGGAGGAGGUGUCCAUCACACAUGCGGGUCGCGGAGGCGUUGCAGUGCACAAACAAGCUAUGAAAAUUGAGAAUGGUGGAGAGGAUGUGGAUGAUCUAGAAGUAUUUGCACGCACACAUCGACAUGAAAAGGGCAAGGGAAAAUAUGCAAACAAGAAAGCUGAAAAGCUAGUGGAUGAAUUUAAUAAUUGUGUUAAGGAAAGUGGUAACACCCAGGUUGACAAGCAGAAAGUUUGGGUACAGCUCACACGAGGUCAUAAACGUGGGAGGUACUAUGGGCUUCUUGGUAUAAUUGACAAAGAUCAUGCCCAUCGUUCAUCCACUCCAGUGUUGAUCAAUGGGACACAACCGAUGUACACCCAACAACAAGUGCAAGAUAUUGUUAGCCAGGCUGUAACUAGUGCGGUUCGUGAGGUUCGUGAAGAACUUGGCACAAGGAUACAAUCGCUGGAGCGGAUAUUUGACAAGCCAAAUACGGAAUCUCACUCUCAUGUUCUUGAAGAACCACAGUCUUCUGCAGUCCCGGAAUUCCUUCAAGCACUUACAAUGAAUUGCUCUGGUGUCUUGUUUUUGUGCAGAAAUUCAACUUUCGGGAAAAUCCUCGGAAUUUAUAUCAAUGGGCCUAUUUUACCAGAAGACUUAGGGAGCCAGAAGGGCAAGCCAGGUGGAGGCCCGAGGGCCCCACACACCAGGCCGGCGCGGCCCGGGGGGGGCGCCGCCCUAGCGUGUGACCCCCUCGGCUGGCCUCCGACGCCCCCCUCAGGACUACUUAAAGGGUUCGAUCUAAAAAUCGCGAAGAGGAAGUCGAAGUCGCCAGAAACCCUCCAGAACGCCGCCACAUCGCGAAACUCCGUCUCGGGGGCCAGAAGUCUCUGUUCUGGCACUCCGCCGGGACGGGGAAUUGGAGGAGAUCAUCGCCAUCAUCAUCACCGACGCCUCUCCAUCGACCAGCCAUGUUUCCCCCAUCCAUGUGUGAGUAAUUCCCCCGCUGUAGGCUGAAGGGGAUGGUAGGGAUUGGAUGAGAUUGGUCAUGUAAUAGCAUAAGAUCGUUAGGGCAUAGUGCCUAGUGUCCGUAAUUGGUACUUUGAUGAUAUUGUUGCAACU